AUGUCGGCGCUGAACCUGGACCCGGAGCAUACAUCUUGCAUAGGAGGGCGGACCGUCUUAACCUGCCGGGACUGCGCAGGUAACGCACCAAGAGGAGCCGUAUGUGCCAGUUGCAAUGGACGCGGCUUUGGCAUCUUCAUCUGUGCGCAUUGCAAUCCGGCGGCUGCUGCUCUUACUGCCAGGAAUGCAGCCUCAUCUACUGAAGCAUCUACACUGUCCUCGCCUGCAUCACUAAGCCGCAGCUCGUCGACUUCGGUGUCGUCGCGGAAUGAUCUAGCAGCUGCUCGACCGUGGAGGCGCUUUGGAGAUGGCGACGGUGGUCCCGGAGGGGGGAGGAUUGGAACGAGUGCUAAUACGCCCCGGAGUGUAUGA